CACAAUGUCAUCUCAGCAGGGAAGAAGAGUAGAUGUGUGGAAAGGAACAGGGGUCUGGCAUUCUCCUGGAACUACUUCUUACAGCCAAGAAACACAGGAGCUCCUGAAAGUGAUGAUGCGGGAAUGCAGACUUACUAAUUUCCAGAAACGCCACCUUAUGGACUGCAUAAAACGAGGUGAUGCUCUGCCCAUCCACUGCAACCCAACCUCCAGCAAAAGGCCAGAGCUUGCAAAGCCCACUUCUUCUCCACCAAAGCCUUGUCUGCCAGUGAGCUUGCUGGCUAGACCCCAUCUCCGACCUGCCAAGGCCUGCCAGGCAGGCAAUGCCUACACCCGAGAUAAAUUCAAACCAAAGGUCACUCGAGACUUGGAGAGGGAAAAGCAAAGGCUCCAGAACAUCUUGGCAACUGGGAACGACAAGGAGGAACACAAACCACAGCAGAAGCCAGUGCAGAAAAAGGAGGAGAUACCUGAACCUGACCGGUUUGAAGAAUUGGUGAAUGAAAUUCAAGAGAGGAAGGAGUUCCUGGAGGAGAUGGUGGCUCUGGGACAGGACAGGAAGUACCGAGGGAUCAUUCUCACUGAAAUCUCGCAGAAACUGCGGGAGAUGGAGAUCAUUGACAAGAACAGGAACAAGGAAGCAAGAGAGGCAAUGGCUACAAACCUUCCUGUAGGGAGCCAGUCUGAUUCCCAGAGCUAGGCUACGAAUGCAGAGCAUUCCCACCCAUUCUUUCCUUGGUCUUCCAGCAACUUUUGGAAGGUCAGAAACUGGCCUGAACCUGUCCAUCUAUAGCAGAUGCUCUGGAAGAAACAUCAGUGCCACCUGCUGCAUAGAGCCAAGCAUAGGGCAGGGACGUUAUGGAUAGCAUAGGAGAAAGACUUUGUAAAAUCUUCUCCACUUACUAGCCUUCUUUCUCCAUGGGUGCAUUUUGUAGUAGAGUGUUAGAUGCCUGGGGACCUCAAUCAGGGAAUCAGAAUUUUGUCGUGUGAAGCCACAGGAGAUGAAGACCAGUGAUGCUGCAGUGACCUUUGAAAUAGAAUAAAGGAAGGCCCCCUUCCACCUUCUAUAUACACCCUAAGGGGGCAGGACACAGCUUUCCUGCAGAACAGGCACCCAGAUGGAAAAUACCUUUUCUAUAAUCCUUGGGGGAAGGAAUCUGCGGUUAUUUCUGUACGUUAGUAUAUUACCUCCACCCACAUUAGCCUGCAUUACCACUUCUGUCAGUACAACUCUGGAAAGAAACCAUGUCAACUGCUACCACAUAGCUGACAAGGACCAACCAUGUGGACUCACAUAAAUACAAACCUUGAAUUUGAACAUAAAUACAAACCCUGAAUUUGACAGUACCACAGUUCAGUGAGAUUUCGUGUAUAUGGGACCUCCUCUCCUCCUCAGCCAAUGAAAUGUGCAGGCUCAGGUAGGCUGCUGUGCUGGGUUGGGAAAGAGGAGGUAUGCCACUCAGGCUUCACAGCUUGGGAAGGUCUUAGCUCAAUGGUCCCUUGUCCUUUCUGAAGCAUCUUAACACAGAAUAGACACAAUCCUGUAGUUGUUUUGGGGGAGGCAAGAUGUUUGUAGAGAAUGGCCAGAUAAGACCACGGGGUCAUCUGGUGUGAUGCCCAGGAUAAUAAAAACUCCAAGAAUUUCAUCCAGCUACUUCUGAAUUGACACCAGUUUAGGGAGUCCUUUCAGUGGGUCUCUGAAUCCUCAGUCUCCUCCCUUCCUUUGCUUCAGGCACUCAGCCUGCCUAUACACAUACUUGGGGGUGGGCUGGGGCCAUUUUAAUUAGAGCAGUUCUUGGACAGCAGCUAA